AUGUCCGACCAAACUAUUCUUUCCGAGAAGCAGCAGUUGGCACUGGAGCUGGAGAGAACUCAAAUUCACAACGAUGACUUGGAGAGUCAGAAUCCUACAUCACCACCUCCAGCACGACCAGUAUUCCUGCUAUUGUGGUUGCUGUUCGUCCUAGGCACAGUCGCGACGAUAGUCUCUUCGAACUGGUGCAGGCCAGAAUCCUUGAUCAAGGCCCAACAUACACUACACAAGUCGACAAGCCCCGUGGCAACGAGCACGUCACUACCAACCUCGGCACCGACGAGUACAUGCGACAAUCUCACUCUCCGCCGUGAAUGGCGAAGCAUGAAGCCCGUCGAGCAAGCACAUUACAGAAGCGCUGUACGCUGUCUACUCGAGCUUCCCUCGAAGAAUGACAAGGCCGGCAGCAGACUCGGUGACUUCUUGUCCGCGUACAGUGUCUCUGGCUGGCACGCAACACAAACCACAGACUAUCUCCCUUGGAACCGCUUCUUCAUGCACACAUUCGAGUCCGCUUUGCGCAACGAGUGCGCGUACAGAGGAGACAUGCCUUACCUCGACUGGACUGUCGCUGCUGCCUACACCGAGUCUCUCGGCGAAGCCACACCAGCCGAAUUGUCCACAUCACAAGCCGCUUUCCGCGACGAAGCCGCAAACCAACAUCUCGAUGCCGCGCUCGUAUCAGAAAUCAUGACAGCCAACACUUACGACGACUUUGCACACGUCCUCGAAACUCGUAUUACCUCCUUGGCGCCCUUUGACUUUUCCAGCUCGGAAUUACCUCAAGGUAUGUUCACUGUCUCUUCCUCGACCUCGUAUUUUUGCAGAUCAUUGGUGCUAACGUUUGGGUUUUUUUUUUGUNNAGAUCCUCUGUUUUUGCAUCAGAUGCAGGUGGACCGUUUGUGGUGGGUUUGGCAACAGCAACAUCCCAGAGCGGAAAUGUCGGUUGAGGAUGAACGCGUGAGGAUGAGUGGGUUCGGCACUUCGGUUGCUGUGAAAAGUGUUGCUUUGACUGAAGGGUAUGAUCUUUGCUAUAGAUAUGUGUAA